UCCAAACGCGCCCGGGGCCCUCCUCGCCGGGUGUUCGCCGUCCGUCAUGAGCCGGGCGGCCGCUUCCGUGCCGCGGGGCCGCCGGGCGCCGUCGUCGGGGCCUGCGCCCGAGCGGGACGCGCGCGCCCGCUGGGGACUACUUUCCGCGGCGGAAGCGGCGGCGGCCGUGGUCUCGUCACGCCGGGGGGAGGCGCCGUCCGUCCAAGAUGGCGGCGCCCUGUAGGCUGGAGGGACUGUGAGUGACCAUGCGAGGCCCCCGGCUGCCGGCACUGGAAACCGACGCCCCCGUGCUCCCUGGAGCAGGCUGGUGAUGGCGCCCGCGCAGAGCCUGCCGCGCGUGUGAUGCCCGCCUGCCCCGGCAGCGCGUCCCGGGAGACGAUGGCCCAGCAGCCCAGCCUCGGGGAGCUCCUCGCCAUGCUGGACUCGCCCGUGCUGAGCGUGCGCGACGACGUGGCGGCCGUCUUCAGGGAGAACCUCAGCUCAGACCGCGGCCCCAUGCUUGUCAACGCCCUGGUGGACUACUACAUGGAGAGCAGCUCCCAGGCAGUGCUGGACAUCCUCACCACCCUGCAGGAGCCGCACGACAAGCACCUCUUGGACAAGAUGAAUGAAUACGUGGGCAAGGCCGCCUCUCGGCUGGCCACCCUGGUGCUGCUGGGGCACGUCGUGAAGCUGCAGCCGUCCUGGAAACACAAACUCUCUCAGGCCCCCCUCCUGCCUUCUCUGCUCAAAUGUCUCAAGGUGGACACGGACGUGCUGGUGCUCACCACGGGCGUCCUCGUGCUCAUCAUCCUGCUGCCCAUGAUCCCCCAGUGCGGGAAGCAGCACCUGCACGAUUUCUUUGACAUUUUCGGCCGCCUCUCCUCCUGGUGCCUGAAGAAGCCAGGCCACGUGACGGAGGUCUUCCUGGUGCACCUGCACGCCAGCGUCUACGCGCUCUUCCACCGCCUCUACGGGAUGUACCCCUGCAACUUCGUGUCCUUCCUGCGCUCACACUACAGCAUGAAGGAGAACCUGGAGACUUUCGAGGAGGUGGUCAAGCCAAUGAUGGAGCACGUACGCAUUCACCCGGAGCUAGUGACUGGAUCCAAGGACCACGAACUGGACCCUCGAAGGUGGAAGAGGUUAGAGACGCACGAUGUCGUGAUCGAGUGUGCCAGGAUCUCCCUGGACCCCGCCGAAGCCUCCUACGAAGACGGCUACUCUCUGCCCCAGCCCGUCUCCGCGCGCUUCGCUGCCUGCGUGGCCGACCCCAGCGCCAGCCCUCACGGGGACACGCCGAGCAGCCACGGGAGUGCCACUUCCACCCCUCACUCCUCUUCUCGGCUGACUGCGUUCAGCUCGCCAGGGCAGCUACCUCAGACCCUGAGUUCCCCGUCAGCACGGCUGUCGGCUGAACCGCCGUCACAGGCCUCCCUCUGGAGCCCUUCGAUGAUCUGUGGUCUGACCACCCCUCCGACGUCUCCCGGGAACGGCCCCCCUGACGCGUCUCAUCCUUACAGUAAAGUCUUUGGUACCGCCGGUGGCAAAGGAACGCCCCUGGGGACCCCGGCCACCUCACCUCCGCCAGCCCCUCUCUGCGCCCCGGACGACGCCACAGCCGCCCCCGGCAGGAAGGAGGAAAAAGCGGACGCCGCCCGGCCCUGUUUGCACAGACAGCACCACCUUCCCAACGACCGAGGAGCAGAGCUGCUUUCUGACCACAAGGGCUCUGUGCCUCUGAGUGAUCUGCCUGGGUUUCUCGGCGGGCUGGCGUCUGAAGAAGACAGCGUUGAAAAGGACAAGGAGGAAGCGGCAAUAUCUCAAGAGCUUUCUGAGAUCACCCCGGCCGACGCCGAGCCCCUGGUCCCCCGAGGUGGCUUCGACUCUCCCUUCUACCGCGACAGUGUUCCUGGCUGUCUCCCCAGCUGUCCCAGGAAGCUGCAGCCGGCUGCCUCGUGUGCCGCGGGCCCCGGCGGGAACCCUGAGCCGCCCCACUCGGCCCUGGACAGGCCGGGGCCCGACACACCAAAGCAAACCUUCACUCCCAUCGAGCCGCCCUGUGCGCGUGCCGCCCACAGCCCCGCGGGAGGCCGGGAGCCCCACGCAGCCUCGGACACCAGCACCCUCUCUCCCAGCCCCCACAAGGCCCCGCCGCCCAGGGCCCACGGCUCCGCCAGGGGCCAGCCUCCCCCGUACGACCAGCUCUUCGAGGUGGCACUGCCAAAGACCGCCCAUCACUUCAUCAGCAAGAAGACCGCCGAGCUGUCCCGGAAGCAGGCCGGGGGCGCCGAGGAGGACCUGGGCCCGUCCUGCUCCCCGGCGGAAGUGCUGGACAGGCUGAUCCAGCAGGGGGCGGACGUGCACAGCGCAGAGCUGAGCAGGUCGUCUCUGCCCAGCAGGUCUGUGGACUGGACCCAUUUCGGAGGCUCCCCGCCGGCCGACGAGGUGCGCACGCUGCGGGCGCAGCUGCUCCUGCUGCGGACCCAGAUGGUGUACGAGCGCUUCCAGUGCCAGCAGCACGCGCAGCGCAACCGCCGGCUCCUGCGCAGGGCCAUCCGCGCCGCCGCCCUGGAGGAGCACAACGCCGCCAUGAAAGACCAGCUGAAGCUGCAGGAGAAGGACAUCCAGCUGCUGAAGUCCUGCCUGCAGAGGGAGCAGGCCCGCUACGGGCAGCUGCAGGAGCAGCGCGACACGGUGGUCAGCCACCUGCACGGCCAGGUCCGGCAGCUGCAGCAGGACCGCGAGGAGUUCUACAGCCAGAGCCAGGAGCUGCAGACGAAGCUGCAGGACUGCAGGAACAUGGUCGCGGAGCUGCGGCUGGAGCUGAAGAAGGCCAACAGCAGGGUGUGCCAGGCGGAGCUGCAGCUCAGCCAGCUGGCGCGGAAGCUCUCCAACAGCGAGUCGGUGCAGCAGCAGAUGGAGUUCCUGAACAGGCAGCUGCUGGUGCUGGGCGAGGUCAACGAGCUGUACCUGGAGCAGCUGCAGAACAAGCACGCGGACACCACGCAGGAGGUGGAGAUGAUGAAGGCCGCGUACCGGAAGGAGCUGGAGAAGCACCGGAGCCACCUUCUGCAGCAGAGCCAGAGGCUGGACACCUCCCAGAAGCGGGUCCAGGAGCUGGAAGCCCACCUGGCCAAGAAGGACCACCUGCUCGUGGAGCAGAAGAAGUACCUGGAGGACGUCAAGGCCCAGGCCAGGCAGCAGCUGCAGGCCGCGGAGGGCAGGUACGUGGCUCAGAAGCGGAUCACGCAGGCCUUCGAGCUGGAGAUCUUGGACCUGUACGGCAGGCUGGAGAAGGGCGGGCUCCUCAGGAAGCGCGAGGAGGCCACCGCGGACGCGGCGAUGGCGGAAGAAAGGCGCGACCGCGGUAGCGACGGCUGCUCGGGCCCCGCCGCGGGGCGCGGGGAGGAGGUGUCCGACCGCAACGGGGAGUCCCGGCCCCCCCGGCCUGGCGGCGAGCUCCCGACCCCCGAGAAGGGCCCCGGGCUGAGGGCAGGCCCGCUGGGCGGCCGCUGGGAGCCGGCCGCAGGGGAGCCGGCCGUGGGCUCGCUGCCCAGCUCACGGAGCUUCCUGGGCAUGAAGGCGCGGGAGCUGUUCCGCAACAAGAGCGAGAGCCAGUGCGACGAGGACGGUGUGGCCGGCGUGGGCCCCUCGGAGGCCUCGGGCUCGGACCCGGGCAGAGACGCGGGGGGGGACCCGGAGAGCCCGCGCCCGUCUCCCCCAAACCCGGACAGCGUCGGACAGCUCCGCAUCAUGGACUAUAACGAGACUCACCACGAACACAGCUAAGGACAGGCCGGUCGGCGCUGACCCGCUCGGUGCCAGAGCAGGCGCCCGCCCGGCCCGGGAGACGGAGGGGAAGCGGCAGCUGGCCGGACGAGCGGGGCACCGGGGCCGGGGGCGAAACGCCUCCCGCCGUCCGCUCCCCCGGGCCCCGCGCCCUGGCCCUGCCCGUCGGGCCAGUUUGCCUUCCUCUGUAGCUUUAUUUUCUCCCCGGGCCCCGCCUGCGUGGUGCGAGGCCAGGUGGGACCCUGGAGCCGCCCGCGCCUCCCCCCUGAAGCCCGCCAGCCGCAGGCCCCGCGGAAGCUCCCCGCCCCGGCCUGUGCGCCCCCGCGGCCUCCUUGGGGUCUGACAAGCUCCUGGAAAGUUCUGUGUGAAGUCGUGUGUGUCUGGGAAAGCCUGGGCCGGCACGGGUGCCCGCAGCCCUCCGGAGCCCCCUGCCCCGUCACCCACUACCUCUGCUUUCUCGCGCGCCAGGAGCCGGAAGGCGGCAGCCGGACCCCGUGCUCGGCCGGGCAGGGCCGGAGGGGCUGGAGGCGCCCGUGUCUCGGGGAGUCAGGAGGGGAGACAGACUAACGGUACGAAGGCUCGAGCGCGGGCUCAGGCUGCUGGGUAGAACGCGGCGGGCAGCGCUCUGGCCCACGGGCAACUGGCACCCGAGUGGGCCGAGUGCCAGGGCAGAAUCCCGCCACGCGCUUGGUCAGCGUUGUCCAAAGGAAAGCGUGAAAGCCAAUCUGCUCGGGUCCGACUCGAGUCUCAGUCAAGCACCGAUGGAUUCCCGGGGGGGCAGAGGUCGCAGGUCACGGCUGAGCCCUGGCCCCCACGUCCCCGUGUCCCCGGACAGGUGAGAGCCCGUGGCCUUCACGGCCACAGGGAAACGCACUUUGGACCCCAUGCCGCGGGCAGGAGGGCUCCCGGUCAGCAGUGCUGGCUGGCGGUGGCUUCCGUGGGCCCAGGAGCUGCGCCCCUAGCUUGGUUUGGGAGGUGAUGCACGUGGCAGGGGUUGGGGUGCCUGCCCGGUGGGCACGUGGGGUGGCCAGGAAGGCCCGAGGGCAGCGCCUCCCAUGAAGUGCAGCUGGUGCCCGCCGGGGUCUCAGAGGGGGUGCCUCGGCCAGUCCACUGAGAGCGGCCUCGGGCUGCCCACUGCUGCCCCCCGCAGCAGAGCCCGUGGGAAGGUGGCGAGUGUCCGAGUCCAGGGGCCCUCGAGGAAGGGCUUCCGGGUCGGGCCUCGGCCCCGCGUGCACCAGCAGAACUCCCAUGGGGUCUGAGAAGCUCUCUCAGGUCGGCCAUGAGCGCGGGGAGAGUCUCCCUGGGGGCGUGGAGGGGACGGUGGGGCUUCAGACGGUUCCCUCGGUGGCAGACAGCCCAGGGGGUGGGGACGUGCCCCAGGAGAGCUCGCGCACUCUCUUCUCUGCCGAGCUGCUCACGGCGUGGCUGGGGUGACCCGGGCCGUGCUGGGUUCCGGGGGCAGGGCCCGCCCCGAGACGGUUACACUCCAGGGAAGGGCCCUGGGCGCGCUGAGGGGCGAGGGGGAGGCUGCCGGCUCACUGGGCUUUGACGGGCUUUGAGAGCAGGACACGAGGGCGAGUGGACGAGGGCAUGACGGCUUCCCCAGGGACGCGCUCGGCCACGGAGACGCUUAUGUGUGUGUGUCCGCAUCCGCCUUCUGGGCCGCAGUCCCCCCCCCCGCCAGCAGGUGGCGCCCGAGGGCAGGGGUGCGCCCCGAGAGGGGGCCCUGGGCGCAGUGUCCCCCGACUCCCGCAGGCCUGUCCCCGAGACUCGACUAGUUCCGUGGCUCGAUCGUGCAGCACCCGGGCGGCCACGGCAUUUGGGCCUCGGGAGGGACGCGGGUUCCCUCCGGACCGUCCUCGCCCGGCGGCCGCCGGCUCCCGCCCUGCUCGUGAACACAAAGGGCAGGAGUCACGGUACGGGGGAGGGCGCCGUCCUUCUCGGAACGUUCUCGAAUGUCAAGGCAGUCGCUUGUGUUUAACUGUGAACAAAUAAACAUUUAUCGUUUUGCACUA